AUGUCGCUGAAUGGGCCAGAAGAGCAGACGGUAGGAGCAGAAGGGGCCCUACCUGUGAAAGUACAAGUCUCUCAGCCCCAACCAGCAGCUUCCUCCACUUCAAUAUCCAAUGCCGAGUUCGAGGACAAUCCGCGGAGUCCCAAACGACGGCGCUUAUCGCCAUCAAAUGCCGAGGAAGAAGCAGUCAGGAAUGUGCUCGCGCAGAGUCUUUCGCAGGGUCUGGUAGAGUCGCAAAGAGAAGGGGACGAAAAACGGGGGCCACCCGGACCGGCCUCAGUGCUUCCACCGAACGGUGGAAACCAGAGAGACCAUGUUCCAACAAUCCCUCCCCGACCGCAGCUCUCGAUUGAGAAAUCCCGGUUGGAGAGCCUGGCUACGUUGGACAACUACGCAUCCCGAAUCCUAACAUUUCUUGCACGAUUGACACCCACCGAAGCCUUGGGAUUGUCCAAUACUCCCAACUCGCCGAGUACACGAGAAUAUGUGGCCAUGCGAGCUGUGUUUGACCCGAUCAGAAGGCUAUUCAACACUGGCACGCCAUUUCUAUCCUCAAGGGACCUGGGGCUACGAGAAGCAAGUCAGAUUGAGACAAUUCGGAAGGCCAACCAAGCCAUCUUCAUGUCAAGUGUGUUCACCGGAGAGAUCGGGUUGCGGGAUAUGGACAGGAUGUUUCUUUCGGUCUUUGUGCCUGACAACGGCAAGCUGUUGAAAGCGCAGGCUUCCAUCUAUCUGGAACUGAAGACCCAAGGUUUCAUCACUGCCUGGCGAACAGGCGCUGCUCCGCCUGCAGUUGUGAUGGCCGAUCUCUUUGGGCCAGACCUAGACAAGGCUAUCCUUGCACGGAGACCUGGGACAACCGCCCUGGCUCCAACUGAGCAGGACUUUCUCAACAGACUUUCGUCGCGCCGCGAGAUCCUGCUGAAUCACGUCAAGAACAACACGCUCGAUCAGCUGCCCUUCAAAUACAGGUGGGAGGAUUUCAGUCGAGAAGUCUCUUCGUAUCUAUCCAAGAACAUCGAAAGUGCGGCCUCCAGCAGUAGCGCUGUGUCGGAGGCCCAGAGGACGGAUCCCACGCGAGCAUUCCAACGGGGUCAAAUGGAAGGACAAUUUUCGAUCCAUGCACCACCGUUGCCUGUCUCAUCGAAUGAGACGAUACUUCCCCCUACAAACCCCCCUAAAUCGACAACAGACCAGCUCUCCCUCGACGAUUUUGUUGCUCAAGCGGCAAGAGCGGCGGAGAUUGCAAUGCAAGACGCUGGUGGCUUUGGGUUCUCGGAAUCUUUCCCCAACAUCUCCUCUCCAAGUAACUCUGCUGUCCAACCAGACACGCCAACUCCUCAGCCAGCAGCCCCCGCCGACAGUUAUCAGCCUUUCGAGCCGAUAAUCGAGAAUGUCGUCCCGAGGUCAGAAUCUACAGCAGGCUUGUCCGGUCCACUUGGAGAGAUUCCACACGCAUCCCAAACAGCACCAACGUCGGUGUUGUACGAACGCGCAAAACUAGCGGCCACAACAAAGGCCUCGCUUGUACCUCGCAAAGGCGUAACACCCAGUCAGCGGCGUCCUUGGACCACAGAGGAAGAGAACGCUCUCAUGACGGGACUCGAUCGAGUGAAAGGUCCACAUUGGAGUCAAAUUCUUGCCAUGUAUGGGCCGGGCGGCACUGUCAGCGAGGCUCUAAAAGACCGCAACCAGGUGCAGCUGAAGGAUAAAGCGCGCAAUUUGAAAUUAUUCUUUUUGAAAAGUGGCAUCGAAGUGCCUUACUACCUCAAAUAUGUGACGGGCGACUUGAAGACUCGGGCUCCGGGUCAAGCGUCGAAACAAGAGGCCAGAGAGCGGGACAGACUACUGUCAGAAGGAGAUGCAGCAGCUCUCGACGGGUCACAAGAUGUGAUGGGCUUGGGACAUGCUGACCAGCAGGUCUCAGGAGUAGCUGGGUCAAGCGCUUCUCACUCAAAUCUAGGCUCAGAUGGCGAUGCUGAGUCUGGUGAAGCCAGCCCUCAGGUCGAGGAAGGCUCCUUCAACCCGAGCAUGGAUGAUGUUGAAGCGAUGAUCGCGAGAGCAGCGGCGCAAGCCUCACAGUCUCUAGGUCCAGACUGGCCGUGA